AUGGCACCAACACAUGUCGGCAAAAAGAAUGGCGGCCGGAGCAUCGCUGACUUCUUUGCGCCCUUCAUCAGACGAAGUGCACCUCUAACCAACACCCAGAGCGUUAACACCGACGAUGACGACGUAAUUUUCGUGUCGCAAAACCCUCAACGACCGUCGUCCCCGCCGCCUAAAUCCUCGCAAAGCUCUUCUUCACAUGCAAGCACGCCACGUAAGAGGGGAAGACCUCGAAAAGGCGAUUCUCAGACUUUCUGUCAAACCGACACGCCGCGAAAGCGAGGGAGACCGCCAAAGUGCUCACAUAGCUCAUCACAGUCGAGCACCCCACGAAAGAGAGGGAGACCGAAGAAGACGGAAUCGCAACAAAUAAGGGAGACCAAGUUGUACUCGAGCAGUGUGCACACUACCCGUCCGAAGUACAACGUCAAUCCGCUGAACGGAAAGGCGGAUGUUACACCCACCAAGGACUCGCCCUUUCGGCCAGCUUCCGAGACACCUGGUAGGACACGGAUAGCUGCAGGCGUUGCAAUACCCUCUCCAAGGCAUUCGCUCAUGAAAAACGACAGCACUGUACAGGAACGGGAGAUGGGCAAUGCGCUUUCCAAGACGUUUGGGAGGGGAGAGGCGGAAGCAGGAGUGUCGAAAGACCACAACUCGGACACAUUGCCUUCCCUUGUUCACGCUGCUGAGGAGACCGAGCAGGAAGCAUUGGUGCCUGGGGCAUUUGUGCAUGACACAGAGGAGCGCAUAGCGCAAACGCAUCAGCCAAACGAGGUUGCCCCUACAACACAGGAACCGUCACCGCCAACACCGUCGCGCGCACCGCAAUGUCCACCAGCUUCGUACUCAUCAAUAUCCACUCUUACCACCGGCCCUGCGAGCUCAGCAACUGCUGCGACCCCCAGCGCUCUCAAUUCCUCCACUUCCAGCAGACGAAUAACGCAAGACGGGCUGAAAGGCGUAACAAACUCCGAUUCAGAGGACAGCUCAUCCGACGACGAAUUGCCCUUCAGGAGUCUGCAGAGCUUCGGCAUGCCCACGAAGAGAAAGUUGUCUGUGGAGGCGAUCGAAGAACCUCCGGCCAAGGUCCUCAAGACAAACAACCGUAAUGACAAGAAGAGGAACUUCUUCAAGCCUUUUGCAGCUUCGCCGCCAAAGAAGCUAUACAAGAACAGUCUGAAGAAUCUGGUAGCCCAGCAUCAGAAAUGGCAAGAAGAGGACGCCCUGGUUGCGAGCAUGAAGAGUGCUGUGGAGGAUGCAAAGAGACAGGACGAACAGGCUAAAUUGAAUGAUGAUGGGGGUCUUGUAAAUGGUACGGCUCUGAUGGAUGCGGCCGGCAGCGACAGCGAGGGUCGGGAGAGGAUGGUCAUGGCUUUGAAACGGACGGAUGCACUACGUGCAAAGGAUUCGUAUCACUUUUUCCUGGACGAUAAACCGUCUUGGCCUGACGCACCGUUUCCCGUGGACGCACUUCCAGACGAAGCAUGGAGCAACAUCUACAAGACCCACAGUGCGAGAUAUCAUGCCUGCACUACUGGCUUCGCUGCACAUCUUGCUGCAAGGUGUCCCCUGCCGAUGGCAGUGACUGGCUGGAUGGUCACGCAGCUCAUGUAUGAGCAGGACGAAGUGCUGUGCGAAGCGUAUGUUGAGAUUUUGCGUGCAUCGAGCGUACACCCGACAUCGAUAUCGGACACUGCUUCUCGGCUUAACUCGAUUUACAAGACUAGGUCUCUCUUUGAGUACAAUUACGUCGAGCUGGUGCCAAGGACAGGACUGCCGCCAGGCCUCAAAUACAUCAUGGAGAUCGUACAAUUCUGCGCGCCCAUGUCGGAUAACAUCGUACCAGACGCUCUGCCGGCGCAGACUUGUGCUGCAUUCCUCGACCUCGCGCUGAUCAACAUCGAUGAGCGUGUGAAGACGAACCUCGAUCUUUCCAUGCGUGUAUCGAAGUCCAUUGAGAGACUUCUCGAUGCUCUACCGGAAGACGCUUUCGGCAAGCUCAUUCCGGAAGCCGUGGCGAUGAUCUUUGGGCCGUCUGAUUUGUCGGCAAUCAAUAGAUGUCGUGCCAUCUCCGCCUUGCCAGCGAGCACAAGGAGAGGCAACCAAUUGAGGCGUCGCCUUGCCUUGGAGUCCUUCUCUACUGCCACAGAUCGUAAGACUUCUGACUCGCAAGACUGGCCAACCUCCAUCCUGCAUUCCCUCUCGCAUCACACCACUUUCCAAAUCUCCGAAUCAACCGACUACAGCCUCCUUCAAGAGUUCACCAAAGUCCUCGACAUUGCUAUCUCCGCAGGCUGGAUCCCUUACGCUGAAAUUCUGCCAGGCGCGCCGAUAGGUCCCUGGAGGAAGUUGCCGGAGCCUUCAGAGGCCGAAAAGAGGCAUAAUUCUCAGAUCGACCGUAUCGUCAAGCGAUUGACAGGUAUCAUGGCGAAGAUCAAGGACGCAGGUACAAGUCACCUCGGCAGGGUUGAAGCUAAGGUUGCCAUAGAAAGGCUCGUCAAGAGGUUGGAUUUCCAAGUGCGGUCAAGAGUCAAGCCCGCAAAAGGCGUUUUCAGUGAAAGGCAGGCAGAGUUGGGCGGAUUUGCAAAGCAAGAGAAUAUCACAAAGCAGGAGAGGCCAAAGCUUGCUGUCUCAUUCAAAGAUCAGGUGGAGGUGAUGCCAAAAGAAGCGGACGAGUCCAGUGAGGAUCAAGGGAGCGAAGAGCAGGUCGAGGGCUUUCAGACUGAUGUCAGGUAUAUCAAUGAGGUGGACGAAGGGAAAGAAGAGCGGAGCCUUGUAGAUUCUGGUAUCAUCACGCGGAGUGACCCGCCGAUAUAA